GUGGUGGCGGAAAUGUGAAUGCACGUGUGUGGUUCUGGCUUGAAGGUUAUGCAAACCUCACCGGCAAGGAACUUCGCCACUGUCCAGGGAGAGCAGGUCAUUACGACGGUGUGUUUGUGGUCAGAAAGACAGCGGUCUGCACUCCAAUACGGUCAUGGAUCCCUUGAGGGCUCAGCAGCUGGCGGCGGAGCUGGAAGUGGAGAUGAUGGCUGAUAUGUACAACCGAAUGACCAACGCCUGCCACCGAAAAUGUGUGCCCCCACAUUACAAAGAGCCGGAGCUGACGAAGGGCGAGUCUGUGUGCCUUGACCGCUGCGUGGCCAAAUACCUGGACCUCCACGAGAGGCUGGGACGCAAGCUAACGGAGCUCUCGGUCCAAGAUGAGGAUAUGAUGAGGAAAGCAGCUGUCGGCAGCGGAUAGCAACACCAAGAACAGGACAAGAUGCCAAAGACUUUAAAAAAAAAAUCUAUAAUGGCAACGGAAUUAGCGUGUGUGGAUGGAUAUAUAUAUAAGGAAGAGUUUUGUUUGGGUGGUGUUUGGGCGAACACAUCAGAAUUUAAAUUCAUUUGGGUCCAGUGGGACAAACUGUUGGCUGCUUUCAAGGAUUACAUGAAAGUGUCUGAGCAUUUUGUACACCUUCACAUCCUUGAGAAACAGUCUUAAGAGCCUCUCUGGAGGUGGACUAAUAUGUCCGACCAGGCCUGGUCCUUCAAAGUGGAGUCCUUGGAUAUGUUUGCAUUUAUUAUUUUAGUUUUAUGUCAUUUUUAUUUUUUACUUUGGCUGAUCAGUCCUACAUAGACUUUGAAUUUCAGUAAUAUAUCAGAAACAACAGUUUAUCUUUAGUUCAAGGCUUACUGUAUAGUUUCCGUUGACCUGCUUGCAGUUGCAAGUUAAUCACCUGUCAACUUUCACCACAGCCAGUAGCAAUCAGGACCCUGUUCAUGAUGAGAAGUUAGCUUCUCCUCUUCUAACACGGCAUGCUUAACAUAUAUUUUUACUACCCCCGUGGGUCAUUUUUAAGCAACCUAGGGCCCCGUGAUAGGCGCUACAGUGGACGUCUUGUGUUC